AUGGCAUCGCCGCGCAUCAGUCUCAUCGACUUUGGGCCUUCCUGCUGGCGGCAUAAACACCGCACGGAUGUAAUCCAGCCCGUGGCGCUGAGGGCGCCCGAAGUCAUCGUCGGUGCUCCCCUGGGACACGGGCGCCGACAUAUGGAGCCUCGGGGGUCUUGUACGUGGUCGGGUUUGUACAGGGCAUCGUCCCCUUCUAUCGAGGUGGCGCCGGACGGCGCGCCGUGGAGCGAUGAGGAGCAGCACCUGGCAAAGAUGGCUGGCCUGUGCGGUCCAUUCCCGCCGAGCCUGCUUCAAAAGGGACGACGCUCAGCCGAAUUCGUCGACGAACAAGGGACGCUGGUUCGAGGCCCCAGCUUGGCGUGCCCGAAGCCUGGAGCAGAUACUGAACGGCCGGGAGGGCCUGUUCGUCAGGCCGUCGGACAUGUCGAGGGCCGAGGUCGGCGCGUUCAUCGACUUCGUCAGGGCCGUGCUGACCAUCAACCCGGCGGCGCGGAAAUCGGCCCAGGCACUGCUGCGGGGCACCAGUGGCUCGCUUAUUGCUGCAGGAACUUGGACUGA